UCUGCUACUCCUACCACCGCCACGAGCGCGCCUACUUCUACCACAGACUCUGCUACUCCUACCACCACCACGAGCACGCCUACUUCUACCACAGACUCUGCUACCUCUACCACCACCACGAGUGCACCUACUUCUACCACAGACACUGGUACUCCUAGCACUGAAACGAGUACACCUACUUCUACCACAGACUCUGCUACUCCUACCACCACCACGAGCGCGCCUACUUCUACCACAGACACUGCUAAUCCUACCACCGAAACGAGUACACCUACUUCUACCACAGACUAUGCUACUCCUACCACCACCACGAGCGCGCCUACUUCUACCACAGACACUGCUACUACUACCACUGAAACGAAUACACCUACUUCUACCACAGACUCUGCUACUCCUACCACCACCACGAGCGCGCCUACUUCUACCACAGACACUGCUAAUCCUACCACCGAAACGAGUACACCUACUUCUACCACAGACUAUGCUACUCCUACCACCACCACGAGCGCGCCUACUUCUACCACAGACACUGCUACUACUACCACCGAAACGAGUACACCUACUUCUACCACAGACUCUGCUACUCCUACCACCACCACGAGCGUGCCUACUUCUACCACAGACACUGGUACUACUACCACUGAAACGAGUACGCCGACUUCUACCACAGACUCUCCUACUCAUACCAGCACCACGAGCGCACCUACUCCUACCACAGACACUGCUACUACUACCACCGAAAUGAGUACGCCUACUUCUACCACAGACUCUGCUACUCCUACCACCACCACGGGCGCGCCUACUUCUACCACAGACUCUGCUACUCCUACCACCACCACGGGCGCGCCUACUUCUACCACAGACACUGCUACUCCUACCACCGAAACGAGUACACCUACUUCUACCACAGACUCUGCUACUCCUACCACCACCACGGGCGCGCCUACUUCUACCACAGACUCUGCUACUCCUACCACCACCACGAGCGCGCCUACUUCUACCACAGACCCUGCUAAUGCUACCACCGAAACGAGUACACCUACUUCUCCCGCAGACCCUGCUAGUACUACCACCACCACGAGCCCUUUUAAUUCUACCGCAGACCCUGCUACUACUACCACCAAAACGAGUGCACCUACUUCUACUGCAGACUCUGCUACUACUAUCACUGCCACGAGCCCUCCUACUUCUACCGCAGACCCUUCUACUACUACCACCAAAACGAGUACACCUACUUCUACCACAGACUCUGCUACUACUACCACCACCACGAGCCCUCCUACUUCUACUGCAGAUCCUGCUACUCCUGCCACCACCAUGAGCCCUCCUACUUCUACUGCAGACCCUGCCACUCCUACCACCAAAACGAGUACACCUACUCCCUCCACAAAUAUC